AAGCACAUCUUGACCUUGUCCUUCCCACAACAACAAUGUCGGCCGGUGGCAUAGGCGGUCUGGGACGAAUAUCAAGGGUUUUGAACGGUCUCCAGUUAAUAGUAAACAGAAGUUCAUUGCAUCAUGCAACUAUCAGAACAUUUUAUCUACAGGCAGCAUGUGAAGCUACACACAAAAUUGAAAUGCCAUCUCUAUCACCUACAAUGACAUCAGGAACCAUUGUAAAAUGGACUAAGAAGGAAGGAGAAACUGUGUCCCCAGGGGAUGUUCUCUGCGAAAUUCAGACGGAUAAAGCUGUCGUUGGCUUUGAGUAUGAAGAGGAUGGUGUUCUAGCCAAGAUACUUAAGGGAGAUAACUCAAAAGAUGUCCCUAUUGGAGCAAUCAUCGCCCUCAUUGUGGACCCAGGGGAUGACUGGAAGAAUGUGCAGAUCCCCGCAGAUAUAAUGGGAAGCUCACCCCCAGAAAAAGCAGCCCCUGCACCACCUUCACAAAAGCCAUCAGCAUCAGUACCGCCAUCACAAGUUUCGGCAGCAUCCGCACCGCCAUCACAAGUUUCGGCAGCAUCACCAAGAAGUGCAAAGGCCACAGAACUUGUAGAAUGGCACCUUAUUGCUCCAUCUGCUAAGCUGCUGCUUCACGACUACAAUGUAAAUGUUAAGGAUGUGACAAGAACAGGGCCUGGAGGAACUCUUCUUAAACUAGAUGUUUUGAACUAUAUCAACUCCAAAGGCCUGAAGAAAGCCAGCCACAAGGAGAAAACUGCGCCACCUUCACCUCUGCAGAAGGCAGAGCAAGAACCACUUAUAGGUACAUUGGUGGUACCCUCUGUAGAUAUACCUCUUACAAACAUGCGUAAUGUCAUCGCAAAACGUCUCACACAAUCUAAAACCACCAUACCUCAUGCAUAUGCUACUAUUGAUUGCUCCAUGAAGGCUGUCACAAAGCUUCGAAAAGAUCUUGCAGGUAAUGGGGUCAAGGUGUCUGUUAAUGACUUCAUCAUCAAGGCAGCAGGCUUUGCAUUGAAGGACUCGCCAGAGGUUAACAGCACCUGGGAAGCAGAUGCUCCAAACCUUGCCACAUCAGUUGAUAUUUCAGUUGCUGUGGCAACUCAAGAAGGACUCAUUACACCCAUUGUCAAAAAUGUGCCUUCUCUUGGUUUGGCAGAAAUUGCUUCCACAAUAAAGGUUCUGGUAGAAAAGGCUCGAGAUGGCAAGCUAAAACCUGAAGAAUUUAUUGGUGGAAGUUUCAGCAUCUCUAACCUGGGCAUGUAUGGCAUCACGGAGUUCACAGCAGUUAUCAACCCUCCACAAGUGGCCAUUCUGGCUGUUGGUGCCACACGGCCAUGUCCUGGACUGGACCUUACCAUAGAUCCACGAAUGUCAGUCACUCUGUCCUAUGACCGUCGUGCCAUAAACGAGUUUGAGGCUACACAGUUUUUGGAGAAAUUUAAAAUGGCUGUGGAAAGUCCAGAACUUUUAGCUACAGGUACUGCUUCAAGAAGGGCUUCCAAGUAAAACUGUGAAAACACAGAAAGAGACUACUGAUUGAGAACCCUAACAGAAGAGGGUGCAAUUGACAGUCCUUGAGUGUGUGUGUCGUUUCCAACAGUCUGUAUGCCAGGUCAAAUCUGUUUAGUUGAUUGUUAUCAAGUUCCUAUGUUAUGUUAAUAGCUAGCGUUUGGCUUAUUGAAUAUAGGCCAUGCCUGUGUUCAAGCCUGUAUUGGACGUUUGAAUGACCCUUAUGAAUGACUUUUUGAAUGAUGAAGCUGUAGACAAGACUGCCAGCAGUGGUGUGCCACAGACAUCACAAAACAGAACACGUGCAUCCUUCUCUUACAAGCGGGGAUGAAAAAGGACUUUUAAAAAUCAGAAUUAAAUGAUAUUACAUUUACAGUUAAAUAAAGUGUUCAAUUUAUUUAAAUUAAAAAAGUUCAAGGAACAGUG